AAAAGUUUUCACAUCUCUUUUCAAUACGAUGCGAGUUCUUAUCUUCAAUCAAUAGGCUGUCAAAGGCUCCAUCCAAAUCUAUGUAGGCACAGUUACGCCGUAAUGGGCAAAGUCAAUUUAUAAAGUCGAUGUCCUGCCGUCUUGUUAGCCAGUCGAAGGCAUCGCGCGACGCCGCGCCAUUCAAAUCUUCGCCACCGAUGCGAGACUACAGCUCCCAAAAUAUUUUCGAAAAUAAUCAAUUUCGGUCGAUGUCCAACGCCAUUAGUAUUCAGAACACGUCGUGUGCCUAGGCCGUCCGCGCUGACGCGCCACUGACACAUUUCUGCGGUUUCGCGUGCUGUUUGAAUUUAGAAUAGUUUUUCCAUUUGUUAUUUUUUUUUUUCAUUUCGUGAAAUCGAUAUUUUGUGCCAGUAUCACGUGUACUUAUCACGUUCUGGAAAUUUUGUGAGAUUUGACCACACUUGUUCGGGCGAAAUUUCACGGUAAAGAUGGAAAUGAGAAGGCACAAGACGAGGGGCACUUCGUUCCUGACAUAUUGGAUAUUCCUUUUACAAAUGCUAGAGAGCGCGCAUCGUGGCGCCGAAGGUCACGGUCGGCUGAUGGAUCCUCCCGCGAGGAACUCCAUGUGGAGGUUCGGAUUCCCCAAUCCAGUGAACUACAAUGACAACGAGCUCUUCUGCGGCGGAUAUGCCGUCCAGUGGGAGCAAAAUGGUGGCAAAUGUGGCGUUUGCGGGGACGCGGAUCACCUAACGGUGCCGAGGCCUCACGAAGCAGGUGGAAUGUAUGGGAAGGGCAUCAUCACAAGACACUACAGCGUUGGACAGGAAAUAGAAGUGGAAGUGGAGUUGACAGCAAACCACCUUGGAACCUUCGUGAUGAAGCUUUGCCCAAACAACAAUCCUAAACAAGAAGCCACCCAGGAAUGCUUCGAUAGGUAUCCACUAUAUAUAUCUGGGACAAGAGAAGACAGGUUCCUGAUCCCUCUGGAUACGGAAAAGAAGGAAAUAUUCAGGUAUAGAGUGAGGUUGCCGCCCUAUGUCACGUGUACGCAGUGUGUACUCCAGUGGACAUAUUAUACAGGUAACAUGUGGGGAAUUUGCGCGAACGGCACCGAAGCUGUGGGCUGCGGCCGUUCAGAGACGUUCAGGAACUGCGCUGAUAUCAGCGUGGUGACCAGCACCGGUGGUGUGCCACCAGCGUUCGUCGGCAACAACCUGAGGGACAAUCCUUACCAACUGUUCUACAGAGAUUACAGUAUGCCACAAACUGUGUACCCGCUCAUUGUGAGAAAAAUGCCUUAUGAUGCGCGGAAGGCAUCCUUACAAGUGAUUAGCAAUGAUAUAUCUGAUACUGAGGAGGACAUAAGUGAACCAAUUGUGAUUAGGGAUCAGGUUUGCGUGCCGACUGAAAGCUUCCGCGUAAUCCCCGGCAUGCUGAGCUGGUGCCAAACGAACUGUCUCCGGUACCCGCCCAACUGUCCUGUGGCCUUGUGCCAGUGCCCACAAGUGUGUGAAGCUAUCGGAGAGUUGGAAGGUCGUGACGGUGCCGACGUGUACUGUAUGGACCAGUGCAUCGUGUACCCGCCCAAGUGUCCCAGCCACCGGUGCAGGUGCUACGAGGAACAAUACGGCCGAUUCACUAAAAUGAGACCCGAGAAUCACGUUUCACUCGACAGGGUUUUUUACCACUCUAUUAGUUCGAAAUAAGACCGCGCUUGUGUUAAAUUUAGACUAACUAAAAAUUGAAACCCAAAAGAAAGUACGUUGUGUACUUUUUGCUUUCUUUAAAAAUAAUGUACAAAAGUUAGUUUUUGAGAUUAGUAACGCGUAUGUGGUGUUAAAAUGGUAAUGUAAAUAAACAGUUACCUCUCACCAAAAAGCGAGCAUCAUGGCAAGCGUACUCUAUGCUUUUUUGCCAUGAUGAUGGUAUCAUGAGAAUACGUUCCAUAUAUGAAAAUCUAUACCAUGUAAAUUAUAUACAUUAGAACUCUAGUUAUUAAUACAUAUUAGUCCCAUUUUUUAAACAACGAUCCUAUCUUUUUCUAUUUUUUUAUUUAGUUUUUAUUUUCCUAAUCAGUAAAAUAACUAUUUUAUCAAUAAAAAAUCUAAUAAUUUAACAUUUUUAAUAAUUCGUUUAAGUGCAAGUUUAUUUAUCGAAAGAGAAUUAUAACAAUGUAACAAUGCAGGCAAAUUUUGUACCCAUCAUCUAAUUAUGUCUAUGUAAUAUAUUUAGAUGGAAAAUAUUAUAUAUAUAUAUAUAUAUAUAUAUAUAUAUAUAUAUAUAUAUAUAUAUAUAUAUAUAUAUGCAUCCACGUAUAGUAUAUAGUAUCCACUAGGAGCAAAAUAUCUGAACUGUAAUAAUUAGGCAAAAAUAUUUUUAUUAGCCGUUUAAAAUAAUUUAUAUAGACUUUAGACUUCAAGGCAGAUUUAUUAAAAUAUAAAACAAGUGUCUUCUUAAACAACUUUAGUGCUAGUUCAGAUAUAAUACUUUUAGUGGCAAUAUUUGGUCAUACAAUGGUGUAUGAUGGAAAAAAUGUGCUCAAGAUAUAGAGAAAAUAUUUACGUAGCAAUUUUUUAUUAUGAAAUGUUCCAAUUUUAAUUUUACAUGCUUUUUUUUCCAUUUAUCUUUUUUUCCAUCUCCUAUAAUAUAUUUAUAGUCAUGAUACUUUAAUGGAUAUUUUGUCCGCAUCCAUACACCUAGUGCACGCUGACUACAUUGUAGACAUAUUGCGUCAAGUAAUUCGAUGCUAUUGACAAAUAAAUGUAUAUAACACUGCAUUAUAUAUCUAUUCAAUAAGAAUAUAUAUUGUAAAUCUAUAAUAGUAAACAAAUUAAUACAAAUAUAUUAAUCUUACUUGUAAAUAAUUGAAGUGAUUAAACGAAAGAAAAAGCUGUAUUUUUUAUAUUAUUAUUUACCGAAUUAAAAAAAAAUAGAAUAAAAAUUAGACAAAGCCAUACUAAUAUUAUUAAUUUUUGAGAUAAUUUCGAAAUGAUGUUAUAAUGGAAAAUGUAGGUCGUAUUUAAUAGCACAGGCAUAAAAGUGCCCCUUACUCCAACUAUAGCAAGCUAUGUUCGCAUCCAUGGCCAGCGAUAUAGGAACGAAACCUUAACAAAUGUACUUUAAUUAUACUCAAUGUAGCCAUUCUCUUUUUAAAUAUUGUACAGAUCUAGAAUAUUGUAAGUCAUCUUAAGUUUUUUAAUUUAAAUUUAGUAAAAUUUUGUAAUAUAGUGAAAUAGCAAGUAUACGGUUACUUACCUUAUUAAAAAUCUGCCUCUUUAUUUACCUACAUUUUGUAGACUUCAAUACAGUAAGUGCCUUACAUAUUUUGCCAUAAUAAUAAUGUUUGCGUAAUACAUCAAAUCUGGAAAUUUUUCGUAAAGUGAUAAUAAUGUAUUUAGAUAUUUUUUAUAAAAUAAAUUACCUAAAUUUA